AAUGGCGUCUCCAUCGCAAUCGGAACAAUGAUCCUGCUCUGUCUUUCCUCCAUCUGUGCAGUGCUCGUGAUAUUGCUUGCCCGCGAGAUUCACAGAACCGCCAUCUACUGGAAGAAUAAGGGCAUACCUUAUGAGUCCUACUUCAGCUAUCUGUGGUACUUCCUGUUCCGUCAGAGCCGCGUGGAUAUCUUCGAUUCUCUCGAAGACUACACGGAGAAAUACGGGAGCGUCUAUGGUACUUACCAGGGUCUGAGCCCCGUUCUGCGAGUUUCUUCCCGGGAGAGUUUGACCGAAGCUCUUUCGAAGAAUUUCUCGAAAGCUCAUGGUCGAACAGUUGCGGCGAAAACCGGCUCAACGCUCUGGGACAACAACAUUCUUGUGCUGGGAUACAAAGAAUGGAGAGCGGUCCGACCUCUCAGUGGACAUGUCCUCACAGGGUUGAAACUGAAACAGAUGAAACCCCAGCUCGAGCGAGCUGCGGAGCGACUGACGACCAAGUUGAGAAAACUGGCGAAGAGCAACAAGGAGAUCUCUACCGCUGAAUAUUCGCACGCCGCGGUCAUGGACGGCAUAGCGGCCGUGACCUUCAGCCUAGAGGUCGAUGCUCUCGAUGAUCCAAAUAACGUUUUCGUGAAGAAUUGCACCGGCUUGUUCAGCAGCAGCCUCGGUCUGACGCUGAUGAUGGCCUUCCCGGGGCUCCUCGAAUACGUGCCUUUCAUACAGUUUCCUGAGAAGAGAGCUGAGCAGUUUUUCGUCGAGUUCUCGAGAACUGUUCUAGAGCAGCGUCGGAAACAAGGUCGGAAAUCGGAGACAUCGGACAUACUUGAUUCCUGGCUUGAAGCUCAAGAAACAAACCCGGAAUUCACUGACGUCAUGCUAGUCGCUCAGAUGUUCGUGUUUUUCUUGGCUGGCUUUGAGACCUCGGCCUACACUCUCAUGUUCAUCAUGUACUUGUUGGCAACUCAUCCUCAGAAGCAGGAGGAAGUCUACCAGGACAUCAUUGAGAACAUUUCUGAUCCUGAUAACGUGACAUUCGAGGAGUACAACAAAAUGAGGCUCGUCGAAGCCGCCAUAUAUGAAACCUUGAGAUUGUAUCCGACGGAUUAUGUCAUCGACCGGAGAGUCGUCGAACCGUGCACCGUGGCGGGGGUCCCCCUGGACAAGGGUAUAGCGAUUCAAGUCCCGACGAGCGCUGUCAACAGAGAUCCGGAACGGUUCCACGAGCCGACGCACUUCAAACCCGAGAGAUUCGUCGACGGUGGCGAAAGGAUACAGGACGUUAUAACUUUUGGCGAAGGACCUAAAAACUGUGUCGGACAACGUUUCGCCAUCUUUCAGCUGCUCAUCUUCACGGUGGCCAUUCUCCGGACCGUACGUCUAGAGCCAGUCGUCAACAAAGCGUACGACCCGUCUCGAGAGUACCAAGCUCCUAUCGAAAGGCUUCCCGGGCAAAUGUUUUUGCCUUUCCCGAAGGAAACGUUGAAAGUCAAGCUCUCACCGAGAAAUUGAGAUGGACUCAAUGUCGCGCCUGGAGGUUCUGAAUAAAGAACCUAUGGUUAUAUUUUCACAA